CUGAGCGAGACAACAAGAGGAAAUCUCCCAGGGAGCAGGCUGAUUCAUCAUGCAUAGCCUCCCCAGUGCCUGUACAGAAGUGAGCCUCUCCUCCACUUUGCCCAUCCAAGUUGUAACAUGCUCUUCCCGUGGGGCGUUGCUUCUCUGAAUCCUUGGCAAGAUGGAGGAGAGCUCUCAAGCUCAGCCGAGCAUCGAGGGGAUCUUCCGGAUCCUAGCCACGAUCCCAGACGAGGGGCUGGUCAACUACAAACACAGACUCAAGUGCAGCCGGCAAGACAGGAGAAGCUGCCAGCUCCUGCAAGCCAUGAUCCUGCUGACUUUGAAGCGGGAAGCAGAGGCCAGGAAUCACUUGGAUGCUUUGCGGGAGGACGUCACAGCAGCCCACCUCUGCAGAAGUCGCUGGGGCAAUGCUAGGGCAAGGAACAGUGAUCCAAUGUCCCCGAAAGAGGAGGCAGAAGUGGCACUAGCCAUGGCUCAGAUGUACUCACUUUUGGCUGACGAAAAACUGUGCGGUUCCCUGGCCAGGGAGGAGGCCUACCGAGCGGCUAUUGAAGCUCUUCAAUCCAGCAACGGGACCCAGAAGACCAAACUGGCGAGCCUCUUGGCGGAAGCUCGGGAUAAGUGUGGGCUGAAUUUCACUCCUAGAGCGGCCGGCAACAAUUUCGGGGCUCUAAGAUCCGAUGCAGGGAAAUUCCCAGCCCCGGCUUCAAGUGCCCCUCUGCCAAUUAAGAACCCAUCAGAGCCUCACUCCCUGCAUAGCAUCAGCCCUUCUGGCUCCUUUGCCAGCCGCCUGGAGAUCAGCCAGUCCCCAACGGUGCCGUUUCUCACCCGUUCUAUUCACCGGCGUGGGAUCCCCGGGUCAAGCAAGCAGUGUGGAAUGGCCUCCAGCCAGUUGACACCGCAGGGCGAAGCGGGAGGCAGCCUUGAGUCGCCCGCGGAGUCCCAGCCCGAGAGCCCAGUGGACUCCUCUAUGCAAGACAAGCUGGAAAGCAAAGGAGAUGGCCGUCUCCAAGGCCACGACACUCCCGGCUGGGUGGUUUCGCCUAACCUGGAGGAGUCCGUGCAGCACUCUUUGGAAUGUACUGAACCCCCCACCACAGUGGCAGAAGAACCACAGGAUCCUAAAGGAGGAAUGCCCCAAAAUCCGCCAACCUCACCCAUUCCACAAACGAGCUCAGCUGCUGGAGAGUGCAGCCAAAAACCCAUCGGAAAAUCCAAUUCCCCAGCACAGACCACUGAACUGGGACCUCCUUCGCCUUCAAACUCCAUCCCUGCUCCUCUUUCAACAGACUCUUCCACCCUAAAGCCUCAGUAUGACGAGAGAGAGUUCUUCACUUUCGUAGUCCUCCAUGCUGGCGAAGACGAGACCCUUGCUUGCCAAGUGAAGGAUCGGCUAGAAAGCUUGGGCGUCUCCAACGGGGCCACGCUGAGCGAACAUUUCCUGGUUCCCGGACACUCCCAGCUCUCUUGCUUCCAGAAUGCCUUGGACAACUCAGCUUUCACUCUUCUGCUCCUGACACAGAACUUCAAUAGCCGGCUCUGCAGGUACCAGGUGGACGUUGCUUUGAUGGACUCCCUCACACGCUCCGUCAAGUCCGAUUCGGUGAUUCCUUUUGUGCCCAAAGAGAGCCCCAUCAAGAAAAAAGAGAUGCCCAUCCUGCUGAACGGGCUCGUGCCCCUAGACGAGAACUCGCCCGUUUUCAUCAAGAGGGUAAAGAACACUUUCACGCCAACGGUGCUUAAACAGAAGAGGGUCCAGUGGAGCUACAUGCGGGAGAUCCAGGAGAGAGAGAGGUUGUUGCUCCAGCAGGAGCAACAUCGGACUUAUCAGCAGAUGAUACAGCAUCUGUCCACACUCCGCCUCCCACCUCAAAUGCCUUUUCCAGCACCGCAGGCCCACUUCUCCGGAUUUCACCACGCCCCAGCUGGAGGCAUUCCACAACCGUUUCUUCCUCCCAGCUUUCCUGCACCCGGAAUGCCACAGCCUGGGCCUGCCCAACCCUCUCUGCCAUUUGCGGUCCCCUUAGGCCCUCCCAGCCUCAUGCCGGGGGCAGCUCAGCCCCACCUCAUCAUUCAAAACGCCCAAAUGAUUCAGAUCGGAGACUACAACCAAAUGCACGUAGAGAGGACCCAGGCAGCACUCGGCAUGGCCGGUGAAGAGGUUGGCGAGAACUUGUGAACAGAAUAAUUUGUUGCAGGGAAGAGACGCAAGGGUUGGAAACAAAACACCCACCAUCUAUCAAGUUGCUACACAAAUCUGUGGGGUGGCCUCACUUAGGAUACUGUGCACAGUGCUGGUUGUAUCAUCCCCCCAAAGAUUUGGGGCGCCCAUGGGUGGGAUGGGAACAGGGCUGUAGCUUGGGUGUAGAGCAUCUGCUUUGCAUGCAGAAGGUCCCAAGUUCAGUCCCUGGCAGCAUCUCCAGGUAGG